GAAAUCAACUUUAAAACCCCUAUAUUGUUUUAGCUUGAUAUUGAUCCCAUAAAGAUAAAGUGUAAUAGUUGGUCUCUGUGGAUUCGAUCCUAAAGUGCUACAUCGACAUACCACUCGAUUGUGGUAGUGUGCACAUUAGGUUAUUUGGUGUGCGUAUACACGUAAUAUCAAUCCCUCCAAAUGUUCCACAACUACUCCAAACAUGUAAUAACUCAAAAAAAGAACUCGAUAAGGAUUUGAAAACCAUUUAGAAAACAUAUAUACAAAGUGUCAAAAACACAAUAUAUCACAAAUCCAAACUUAGCUGGUUUACACAUCACAUGGAUGGUUGUAGUUUUUCGUUUUUAUUAGGUUUUUCAGCAUUCAGUGUACAUUCUUGUCUUCCCAUGGAUGAGAGGUGUGUCUGAGGAUCAUGAAACAUAUCAUAUUAUUCAGUAUAUGUGUCUGAGAUCGAGUUAUCCUGAAUCCAACGACUUUGGUUUUGAGAUCAUCCCAUUGGCCGUGAAAGAGCAUAAUAUCCAGGUUUCUUUAAUUUUGUGUUUAGCAUUUCAUAUUAUUCAGUAUAUAUGCUUCCUCUCUGACGUUUAUUUUAUUUUGUUGGCUAGGCAUUUUUGUUCAAUGACUUUUGGCAGGAUAUCGAAAAAAUAGGAUCAUUCUUUUUUUUUUUGGUUCCAACUUUACUCUCACGGAGCAGGUGACUCUUAUUCUUAUCGACAAGAACAGUCUAGUGAUUUUUCUAAAAAAAAGGAACAGUGUAGUGACUCAGUGAAAUAUAAUCACACCGUUUAUCUCUGUUCCUGGCAGCGUCCCAAGAGCACCUUCAUCGGGAAUAUCUCUUUUAGAAUACCUGAUCUGAAAAUAUUAUUUUAUUAUUUAGUUAAAUAAUUACAUCUUAAUUUUAAUGAAAACUAAAACCAAUAAAAGUGGACAUGUGUACUGAGAAAUCAUUGUUUGAGAUGUUUCUACCAAAGUUUCUUCCUCUUUCUUUUAAUUUUGAUUUUUUAAUAUAUUUUUAUCUAGAUAUUGGAGUAAGAACUCCACGUUGAACAUGUUAUAAGUUCCAGUUUUACGAUACAAAAACUCUCUUCGUCACGUCUCCAUGGUUUCUGCCACCUACCAAAGUUGAUAAAUGCAGGGUACGGUUCUUGAAUGUGUUUACUACCGUUGUUUCAGCUGAUAGUAAUAUUUAUCGAUCCUAGCUUCUUCAAAAUGUGUUCUUGAAUUGUGAGAAUACGAUCACGUGUAGAGUCUGAAGUAGAGCUUCAGGAUACUAUGAUGAUGGGAGCUGGCUUCUACCAAACAGAAGCUGAAAUCGUAUCUCUAUUGGCAGAAGGGGAAGUUCCAAUAGGUGUAAGCGAGAACACCAAGACCAGGUUAAUAACCUUUCUGUAGUUCUGACUAGUUGGGAAUUAGAGAACUGACAUUAGACAUACUAGGUGAUAUUCAUAUGCUCAUGCACGGAUACAAAUAUUUAUUAUAUAAAUAUAUUAUAAUAAUUGAUUAAUAAUUUACUUUUAAUUUAAAAUUAUUUUAUAAUUUAUAUGUAAAUUUAAUAUAAUAAUAUUAUGUUAUUUAAAUCAGACAUAUGAUUUCAGAAUGUUAUGUCUAAUUAGUUUGGUUAUCACUUUAGAAUAUUGUAUUACAUCUAUUUUUUGGAUUCAACUAUAAUAUAUAUAUAUAUAUAUAUAUAAAUAUUUAAAUGGAUUACAUUUUUUAUUAGUUUCUUACUUACAAGGUUGGUUAUUUUUUUAGAUAAGUAAACAAAUUUUAGUAAAAUUAUUUAUAACUUAAUACAUAUUUUUCAGGAGCCUCUGUUGAGAACUCCAAGAGCGGACCCAAAGAAUGUGGCAUCUAUCAUACUAGGUGGCGGUGCUGGGACUCACUUGUUCCCUCUUACAAGCAAGAGAGCUAAACCUGCGGUGCCAAUUGGAGGGUGUUACAGGCUGAUAGAUAAUAUACCAAUGAGCAAUUGCAUCAACAGUGUUAUUAGAAAGAUCUUCAUCUUAACUCAGUUCAAAUCUUUCUCUCUCAAUCGCCCCCUUUCUCGCACUUACAACUUUGGCAAUGGAGUCAACUUCGGUGAUGGUUUUGUUGAGGUGAGAUAGCAUUGCCCCCACCACCAUACAUUAAUUUUAUCUUCAUGCAUGUUGAUUGAUGAAUUUGAUCCCUUUUGUUCUUCUACUCUCAGCCGUGCUUGUUUUCAGUAAGUUGACACUUCAGUUCUUGGUCUACCACCAAAAGAAGCUGCCGGGUUCCCAUACUUUGGUUCUGAGAUCAUCCCCAUUGGCCUUGAAAGAGCAUACCGUCCAGGUCUUCUUUUUUUUUAAACUGUUUUAGCAUAUCAAUCAGUAUCUGUGUGCAUUCAAUGACUAGGAGAAAAUAGCCCAUAACAUUUGAUGGGCCGCCCAAAAAGCUUUUGGUCUUUCUGUUUUUCUUCAAAGUCUAUUGGUGUCCAACGGUAACUUUAUCGCCACGUUUUUCUUCAAAUUCUAUUGUUUGAUCUCUUUUGUUCUCCAAAAAGCUAUUGGUUUCCAACGGUAACUUUGUCGCCAAGUUUUUCUUCAGUCUUCGCAAAUCUCUCUGCUCUCCCCAACUCGAUUCACUGCAAAAAAUUCAAAACGACCUAGGUUAGUUUUCGUUGACUUUUUUUUCCUUCUUCUCACCGUUUCCGCAUUGUCAAUUCAUUUAAUUUGUUAGCCGGUAUAUUUUAGAAAGUUUUGUUAGUCGAGUAGGCGAUUUACGUUUUGUAUACGUUGAAGAUCCAAAUUUUUUUUUUUGAAAUUAGGCGAUUUCGGGCAAGAUAAUCGUUAAAACUCAUAGAUGUUUGUUCCAAUGCUUAAACAUCUAUGAGUUUGGUUUUAGUCGUCAGUUGUCUAAGUUAUUGGUGAAGUUGCAGUAUUUUUUGUUUAACAAACUAGUGCUUGCUGCUCAUUGCGAUCAUCAUACAUAUGAUGGAGCAUAACUAUAACUCAGACUCUGAUGAUGAGUAUUUCUCUGCCGGAGAGGGAGAGGGUCCGUAUUAUGUUGUGCGACCUCCAAUAUACAGCUAUGGUGAUGAUGGUUUUCAUCUAUUCGGCUUUCCACAUCUGAAGCUAGGAGAGUCGAUAGGGCUAGUUGGACCAAAGCUCACGGGUAAAACAACGGUGCUCAACCUAUUAGCUGGAAAUUUAGUGCCGAAUCUGUGCAAACCAGAGGAACCUCCACAGUGGGAAGCUAUCAUGCAUCAUCUUGAUAUCAUCAAGGAGCAUCCCAGAGCAAAAGAAUUUCGUACCUACUUAGCUCGAAUCAGAGUGAAUGACCUUAAGGUUUCUAUGAAGACACAGCUUGUGUCAUAUGAGGAGUUAAUCGAGAUGCAACAACAGAAGACAUUUCAGGAAACGGUAGAUAUCCUCGGUCACCACAGCAGAAGGAAUCCUUACAAGAUUAUGGAAAUGUGCAACAUGGUUGGUAUUGACGAUGGGAUUCUCUACUCUCUACCAAGUCAGUUGACAAAAGCAGGCAUCCAAAAAGUGAAAUUUGCUGCUGCUUUACUGAAAGAAGCUGACGCCUAUGUCUUAGAUGAGCCUUCUAGCUACCUGAGUAGGAAAGAGAGGCUAGGUGUUUCUCAUGCGAUUGUCUCCGUCAUUGGACCCAUCAAGUAUGUUGUUGUGGCUGACGAAGACGCCAACAUGGUUGAACACAUUUCGAAAUCCAUUUUCAAAGUGGACGGGACCCCGAAUCAAAAUGGUCACGUGAAACCAUUUCCUUACCAUCGGUUUUAGUUGCCUUUUUUGUAUGCAAUCAUGAAAAACUUUUACAUAUUGUUAAAGUCAAUAACAAAUGUUCCAUGAUGCUACAAAGUAGAGGUGGGCGUUCGGGUACCCGUUCGGGUUCGGAUCGGGUAUUUCGGAUUUUCGGGUAUUUCGGUAUAGAGGUGUAGAACCCGUUCGGGUAUUUCUGUACUUCGGGUCGGGUUCGGGUAUUUUAAGUUCGGUUUCGGUUAUUUCGGAUCGGGUUCGGAUAUUUAGAUUUUG